AAGAAAAAUCCCCAGGUAGUGUGUCGCUUCCGCGAAAAAAGUAGACACGCGAUGGAAAGCGUAAAUAUUUACAUCUCUUGAGUGUCGUUUCGGCGGAUUUUUUUUUAAUUUGUAUAAUCAUGAUAGACGGAAACAUCUCAAUGGAGGAAGAUACGGAAUUGCGGGACCUGGUGGUGCAGACCCUGGAAAGUAACGGCGUCCUCGCUAAGAUACGGGCGGAACUCAGGGCGAGCGUGUUUCUGGCACUCGAGGAGCAGGAUUCGGUUAUGAAUCCCGAGCCACUUCUCAACAAAACUGUAAAGCAGUACCUGUCUAAUUCGGAAGGAAAAUUAUUGUUUUCCUUAGUUCGGGAGUUCCUAGAAUACUUUGGUCUCGAUUACACAAUAUCGGUGUACGAUCCAGAAACUUACUUUGGGAAGGAGUAUAACUAUGUAGGGAGAAAUAAGUUGUGUGAGGAAUUAGGUAUCGAUUCAACUGAGCCAUUGCUGGGAGAAAUUCUGAAGAAUAGCAUCAACGGUGCCUUCAAUAGUUCACAAAAGAAUAAAAGUAGCAACAGACAUGAUGAAACAGAUGAAGCUACAACAAACUUUGCGAAUGCAACAUUUGAGGUGUCUGUUCCUAAGAUAAUCCACAAUGAAUCUCUAUCGUCGUCAAAUGAUAAUGAUUCCUCCGAAAAGUUAGAAAGCAUUUCCGAGCAGAGUCCGAAAGUUCCAAUAAACGUGACAAUAACGGACAAGAAAUGCAAAGAUCCGCCAACCAAUGUCGUGACGGACACAUCGGAUUACGAUAAGCAUCAAUCUUCUCUCAGGGAGAGUACAACGGACACUGAUGGAAUUGAAGGUAACAGGAACAAUAACAUAAAUUUUGAUAAGAGUACCUCGAAUCCACAUGGCACAUGCAUGGUGACGAGCGAUGCAGCACUGGAGACUGAUAGUACCAUUACGUCUAAUCCAUUAAACAAAUCCGAGUCCUUAAUUAAGUUCGACGACUCUGUAGUGAUCGACACGCAAGCAAAUCAAAAUAAGGAUGUAACUAAGCAAAACAGUAUAAAUAGUUUGGAGUUAAGUAUAGAGAACAAUGUACAAAGUAAAAAGCCGAUUAAUGCAGGAAGCAACUUUGGAAAAACGAUUUAUUUCGACGAGAUUAUUGUCGGUGGUGAACGGAAGAGCGUUAGUGCAAUGAAUAAAGCUGAGCCUUUUUUAGAGAGUUUACCAACCAUAAAUCAGAAAGCCAAUUCGAUAUUUAGCGAUCUGCCGCCAUUAAAUGGUAAAAAGGCGAAUAUUAACGAUCUGAAGGAAUUAAUGGACAUUGGGCUUGCUACAGACGGUAUAGAUAACUACGAGGAAGACUUUGUGUCAUCUGCGUCGGGUAGCGCAAACGAGCAAAGUCCCACUAAGGAUCCGGAUAAGGUAGACAGACCUGUGAAAUUGCGAACAAAGAAAGAGGAAAAGCCUCAAAGUGCUCGUACCGAAGAUUUGAGCGAAGAAAUCGAAGAGAUGGAUGAGAUUUUGAGUAGUACCUCUUGCCUCGAAGAUAUAAAUACGGAUAAGAAUAUAUCAAACUUUGCGACGGGUAUUACCGCAGAUUAUACAUAGGGAAUGUAAUUUUCAAUUCGUAUCGCUACAGAUCUGUUCUGUAGGAAUUCUAGCGAGUUGUUCCUCCUAUAUGUAAUCUUAAUAAGAUCGACAUCCUAUUCGCUAGAAACGCCGCGCGGAUAUCUAUGCCGACUACCGUAAGAAUUCAGGAACUCACAGAAUCGAAUCAAUAGUUUCUGAUAAAGGCACUGCCAAGCUGUGGCUCAAUACUUAUAAGUUUGCGCUACAAAGAAAAGAAAAAAAACGUAGAAGGAAAAUGUCUGAAUGCGUAUUUCCAUACAGAUAAUACCAUAUUUUUGUACAAUUUGUAAAGAUAAGCGAUACUCUGAAAUUGUCAUAGUUCGUAAUAUAAUGAUUGCGUACUGUGAACAAUCGUCAUCUUUCAUAGAUUAUCUGAGACAUUGCAUAAUUCAAAAAAAGCAAUAUGAUUAUUGACGUGCCGUUAUUAAGAAGAAUGCAAAGUGUAUUUCUUAUGAUUUAUAUACAUAAAGAGUAUCUUCUGUCAUUCAACUAACGAAACGGAAACAUGAAGAAAUAUGUAGGAUUAUAUGAAAUAGCAGUUAUACAAUUAUGAAAUUCAUAAUAACUUUGAAGCUUUUACUUUUAUAUUUUGAUAAAAACGAUAAAACAUUGAACGUUAUAAAGUAAACUGUUUCAUUUAACUUCAGACAGGCUACCUUCUACGUUAUGUAAAAAAAUAUUAGUAUUAUAUUACUCUUACAAGUAUAUUACGCAAGUGUUAUGAUAAUUUAAAUAUUGGAGAAGAGUCGGAAAAAGAAAGAACACACGAGUUACUACUCGAAUAAUAGCUUAGUCAUAUUUCUCUCUUACUUUUUUUAAAGACUAUUAGCAUUUUUGUUGUGUUUAAUGAAAUCUGCCCUUAAUUUUACGACUGAACAUUGUCCAUUACCUCAUUUUACAUAAAGUUACUGACACGAUAUUAUAACAAUAUCAGGAAAUCGUCCGUCUAGAAAUGGAUUGCCUAAAAAAUCCAUCAAAUUAUUUUUUCGAAUGUUAUGGUGCUAAGUGUUUGAAGCUAAAGUUAUUUAUGAGAGUUAACGUUGUCUAAGAAAAAGGGAAAGAAAAAUUAGGUGCUUAUAUAUUUUCUUGCAUCCAUGAUUCGCAGGAAAUUAGUGAAAGCUAGACUAGAAUAUUAAUUUUUGGAUAAUACAGUUCGAUUGAAAAAGAAAAAAACGAAAAGAAAGGAAAAUGUUUAAACGCGAAUAUUUUAUAUUUUGCUCCCAUUUAAUAUGCAAUAACUAAGUACAACAAGAUGGAUCAACUAGAUGCUUGACAAAUCAAAAUCCUUUUGUAAAAAAAAUAUGUAUAGCCAGUCAGCUUUACAGAAAGAUUUUCAUCGAUGGCUAGACUACGUUGAAAUUUGUCUAGUUCGAACAAAGAAAUUCCGUCGCUUGUGUAAUUUUGAAUUCCGCAAGAUUAAAUGAUAAUUUAUUGCAUAGAAACUUAAGAGAGGAUGAUAAGGGGUCAAAGAAAAAAAUACCGUGCUCAAAUACUUGCAGCAUUUUUUUACACUGUACACUUGUAUAAUACUAUACUUAAUUAUUAUUGUCCUACUACAUAUUUAUAAAUUAUGAAUUCACAUUCGGUACGAAUGUCACGAGAGAAAUAUUUAUUUUGACAGCACCGAUGCGCGUAAUGUGAGAGGAAGGGACAAAUUAUAUAAUAAUGCAAAUAUCAACAGGUGUUGAUCUUCGAUCGCGUGUGCUAUGUUAUAAGAAAUAUCGUUAAGUUCUUCGCGGAAAAAAGAACAAAUAUUAAAGUAAAUAAUAUAAAAUGUAUAUUAAAAUUUUUUGUCAAUUGAAUUAGAUGUAAAAUUAGUAAACUGUAAAUUAAUUGACAAAUUUAUUAAUUUCAUAAUUUAUACUUCACAUACAUUGUGGCAUAUUACAUUUAUUUUUUUAUUUUUACAAAGUUAAGUUCUUAUACAUAGUAAUAUAAAAAUAAAUUCUAAAAAAAAUUCUCGUUCUUAAUGUAUUUCAUACGUAAUUAGCAUUCAAUGAGACAAAAAAAGAUAAAAACGGAUCCCAAAAAACGUGCUCCGCACCGACACGUGAGUCCCUUCGUUUCAACACUGCGUUCGCGAUAAAUACGGAAUCGCUUAGUUCGAACUGUCGUCUUUGUCCCAAUAUGUAUUUAAAAAGCGAAAAAAAAACAGAAGAAAACAAGCAGGUGUGUUCCUGACCAAUCAGCGUGGUUACAUUCUAUUAUCGACACAGUAAUCUUGACGACGGGAUUCAGGACUGCAUUUGAAACAUUCCUACGCUCCGUAGAAUCUAGACGAGAGAUAGAUACAUUCCAACGUUACACUUAAGAUAGGCCGUACUUUCGUUACCAUUAGCAUGCACGUUUACAAAAUAAGUGUAUCUCUCAUUGUAGACUGUAAGGAUAUAAUUUAAGGAACGUCUUUUUGUAUCCGCCGCAAGAGCAUGCGGUUGAAAAGGUUUCUUAAUCUUUCAGUGCGACAGGAAGCUCGCCCUCGAUGGGUCGAUAGCGUAAUGCACUGAAAAAAGUUUAAUAUUAAGUAAAUAUAUUUAUUUUAGUAUCGUUAAGUUAUAUAUUUAAAUAAAUAUUAGCAAGUAUAUAAAAUAAUUUCUUUAUAAACUCACGAAAUUUAUUUAAAUCAAGAAAAAACGAUACUAAAAAUAAAUAUAUUUAUUCAGUAACAAGAAAUCUUUUUUCGGUAUAUUCAGACAAGUCUCGUUUAAUCGUAAGACGGCAAUUUUGAAGCUAUAUCUUGUUUACGUAUCUUUUUGGGUUUUUCUUCUUCGCAUGUUUGUAACGUAGAUAUAUCUAGAGAACGCAUAUGUAAAAUCGGAUCGUCUUCAAAAGACGCUAUAUUUGUCUCUUAAUGCUUUUGAAUGUAUUUACUCGUAUACCUGGGAAUGAACGGUAUUCUCCUUUUUUUUAUAUGAUUGUUGUUUGACGCAGCUUUUGUGAGAGGAACAUAUCCGAUGCAGAUUGUACGUUAAAUCAAGUAACAAUUUUAUUAUGAAAAAUGUAUAUACAUAUGUAACACAGUGGUGUUUAAAUGCACAAAUUUCAUGAACAGGCAGAGCUCGAUAUUUUCGGGAUAGGUAGCCAUAAUUAUUCAUAAUUCACAGUUUGAAAUUUCACGAAGGUAUCGAUAAUAGUAAGUCUGCUUUACGGUACUCCUUUACACGGUCACAGAUAAUUAUUUUGUAACCACGUUGAAAUAUUGGUAGCUAUACCGUGCCUUUUAGUGUAUAUGAAAUAAUUAUAAAGAAUGCAAAUAAUAAAAACAAGUACUGUGGAAUUGUGGGUUUUACGAAAACACCUAUGUUACUUAUUUAUGAUUUUCAAGUAUGAUAUAAUAAUAUGUAUUCAUGUAUAUGUUAUUUAUUUUAUAAAGAUUUUUCUCUUUUGCAA